AGGAGGAAAAGGAUGUAGACAACUGGGAAAUAGAGAGAGAGAAAGAGAGUCUUGCUUGUCCUGUCGAGGUCUCUCAUCUCACAGCUCUGCCCCGAGGGCCUGACCUCUGCCUCGCUGACUGCAAACCAACCUGGAGAAGCUCGCACGAUAGAGGAGGGCGGUGCAUUUCGGAAAACAUUCCACCUGCAAACCUGUACCAGAGAAUGAAGACGUGGACAAUGGAUUGUUUUUGAGAGCAGCCCAGAAGAGGACGUCUAUGUUUGAUGUUGAUGAUAGUGUUUUUUUAUUACUAUUAUUUUUAUUUAUUUAAUUUUUUUAACAAGCGGGAGAUACAGAGAAGAGAAAAGGGGAGGAGUGGCAUUGAACACAGAAAAGAGAGGAGCACAGAGAUGCAGGAAAACAAACGGAGGAGAGGAGCUGAGAGAUACUGCAUGGAAACAGAUGAGUAUGAGAACUCCAGAGAGGACUGAAGAAGAUUCCAAUACGAUCAACUCCCUGUGAAGUGAUGAGUACUCAGACCGUAGAGAACCCCAACACGGAUGUAAUGGUGGUCUCCAAGGAGAUGGCAUUGCUUAGCAACAUACUGGCAGCUUACACCUUCAUCACAGACCAACCCGAAAGGACGGCGCUGGUGUUUCUGGGCGGAGUGUCUGUCGGUCUCCUUGUCACACUCUGUGCCGUCGUCUUCCAGAUCCACUGCCGCGCCGACUGUCACUAUGGCAACAGUAAACACCCUCGCCAUCGCCGUCACCAUCACCACCGCCACAGGCGUCACCAUCACGUCUGUCAGCACCACCAGCAGCACGUCAAUGCUAACCCAGACAACAUGGCCGUCGUCACCGCAGAGGUCGCAAGGCCUAGCGGGGACAGCGAAUCGGAGGACUGGGAUGAGGCGAUGGACAUGUCGUCGCGGAGACGCAGGCGCUUUGAGAGGGCCUUGCUACACGCCAGCAUGUUUACAUCGGCUGAGGAACUGGACCAGGCCCAGCGGCUAGAGGAGCGGGAAAGGAUCCUGAGAGAGAUUUGGAUGAACGGCCAACCAGACAUCAGCACAGUCACUCAGAGCCUCAAUAGAUAUUACUGAGAAAUGAAGACACACACUAAAGGAUGGGUGCAAGAAUGAAAGAAGGACCUAAAUGAAGGACACACAAAAGUGACAGUCGCAACGAAAGACACGUGAACAUUUGACCACACAUGGACCGUGGCUUUCAUGAUCUGUCCACACAUUUGCUCACUAACAUGCUGUUUGUGUUUCAAACACAGUUUAAAUGGUGCUUUUGUGUACAUAUGGAAUGUGAAUGCGUUGCUGUUUAAUGGGAUAUACAAUAUGUUCCUUAUUCCAUCCUAUUGACGCUUUGAAGCUAAAAGAAGAGAAGGGAACAAUGGAUAUGGUGGUUUGAUUCUGGUGCUUUUACUGUCGUAUGUUGCAUUCCUUGAAUAAAGUUUAA